AGCAGAGCAGCAGCAGAACCAGGAGAGACGAGUUCCUCCCUCUGUCUCGUGUCUCUUGAAGACGAACAUCAUCAUCUCCUCAAACAAUCCGCCGGCGCACCACCCACUACCGAGGCAUCAUCACAUCACCACCAACGAGAGAAACCUCAAGGUCCAGCCUCGCCCAAGAUGCACACCUCGUUCGACCCGUCCCUCCCGCCUCCCACGAUCCGCGAGGAAGACUGCCCGUUCUGCGCCAUCGCCGCCGCGCACCCGCCCUUCGACCCCAUCGACCCUCCGCACCCGUUCCCCUCGCCGCCCUCGGCGCCCACGUCCUACGUCGUCCUGUCCACGCCCGCGCUCAUCGCCUUCCUCGACAUCCUGCCCCUCAGCCACGGCCACCUGCUGCUGUGCACGCGCGCCCACCGGCCCAAGCUGACCGACGUGACGGGGCCCGAGGCGCGCGACCUCGGCGGCUGCAUCCGCCUGCUGUCCGCCGCGCUCGUCCGCGCCACGGGCAUCGCCGACUGGAACGUCGUCCAGAACAACGGCGCCGCCGCCGCCCAGGUCGUCCCACACAUGCACUACCACUUGAUCCCGCGGCCCGAGAUCCGCGCCAGCGGCCGCUACCGCGAGAGCUUCACCAUGUUUGGGAGGGGCCAGCGCGAGGAGCUGGACGAGGACGAGGCGGAGCAGCUUGCCGAGGAGCUGAGGCAGCAGAUUGCCGACAUCCUGAGGGAGGAGCAGGAGGAUGGGGAGAGCUUCUUGAAUAAGCCUCCGAAGCAGAAGCUGUAG